AUUUCUUGCGUGUACAGAGAAUACAAUUUUUUUUGAACUACUAAAUAAAUUUUUGCGACAAAAUUUUUAAUUCCGAUGCACUCUCUACACAUUUGGCACAAAACAAACCUUUUUUGAUAAUUUUCAAAAAACUAUUUUCUUGGCACAAGUAAGACUUGUUUAAGAACUUUGUCGUUUUUCUCCCGGUGUAUACAAAAUUGGCAGAUUUGCUCAUAAAUGAAACAGAAACACCAUCGAAGAUGCGCAGGAUUUUGUAAAAUAAAAACGAACUACUUCAAAUCAAUGGUUAUGGAGAAAAGAGGGAGAGGGGAGCUGGAAAAGUGCUUAUGGUUGAGGCUAUUACGUCCUGGCAGGAGUUCUUGUACCUCUUGAGGGUUUUCCGAGGUGGGAAGUACUCUCUAUUAUUGGGUCUGGAAUGGUUUUGGGAACUCUUAUCAGUCAGAAGGUGGAUGAUACCUGUGAAACGCUUAUGUCUGAUAUCCAUGUAACGAAAGAAGAAUUUGAUGAAGGUGGAAUUCUACUCAGAACUUGUUCAGACGAUUUAUCUGUCACAAAAUGUGAAGGUUUCUGCAACUCGCAAGUCCAGCCUAGUAUCAUGACAGCAACAGGAUUUUUGAAGGAUUGCUACUGUUGUCGGGAGAGUUACCUUAAAGAGAGAAACAUUAUAUUACACCACUGCUACAGUCCAGACGGGAUAAAAUUGGUGGAGUCAGAAACUGCCACUAUGGAGAUAAAACUACGAGAACCUGCUGACUGCGAAUGCUUUAAAUGUGGAGAUUUCUCCAGAUAAAUUCCAAUCUGACGCAGAAUGAACAUUACCAAAAUUGUUGAACCUUAUUGAAAAUGUAUCAUGUCAAUUGAUUGAUUGAAUAAAAUGCAAAAUGUAUGAGACGAA